AUUUUAUUAACAGAAUCGCAGAGUCACCCGAUGAUUUAUCGCGCCAAAAGAGGGGCGGAGAAGAUUAAAUCGCAAACGUAGACGCGAAUACUCCUCCGCUUCCGGCUGGGCCGUUUCGUUCGUGUAAAUUCGUUUCCAUCGGUUUCGAACUACUCGCAAACGCGGAACUAUUAAAUCGUGAAAUAUUAACCGGCCUGUGGAACCAAACGGGAGUCGCUUCGCAGUCGGUUGUUUCAAUAUUCCAUGACACGCGAAAUACAUAUUUCUCGAAACGUCCUCUUCGAUUGUGGCAGAAACGGAAAUCGUGUUCUCUAAUUAUUGUCAGUUACCGGAAAUUGCAGAAUUACACUUUAAUUUAAUAUUUCUGUUCGGUUCCUUGAAUUGUUAAUAUCUACCUCACUUCCGUAUCAUCAAAACCAUAUCGAACUUUAUGUUUCAGAAUAUUUGUUGUGCGACAAUCUGAUGAAUAAAAUUAAUUAUUAUAGUACGCUGUUGUAUUAAUGACCGAAGAAGUAUGAACAGCGAAGGGAACCUGCCCUACAAUAUCGUGACGCACACAACAGUUGAAAUAUGAAACGGAAAUUCCAGAUCUCGACCCUCUACCUCCUGCUAUCGUGGAUUUAUGUGUGUGCCGCCGGUCACAAGCACUCAAGGCGGCAUCGAGACUUCACGCUGGCCGAAAACCAUGACGCUUCAUUGUCCAGGAGUAACAGCCUCUCGAUGACGAUGUCGCCGUUAAUGGAUCGAUCUUCGCUUCCCGAAGAACCGUAUCUACCUGAAACACCCACGGUUGAUCCUUGCGUGAAGAAAUAUUGCGGCGUUGGCAGAGAAUGCGAACCCUCGCCGAACAAUACCGUCGCCCUGUGUGUCUGCACGCGAAAAUGCCCGCGAAGGCAUCGACCGGUUUGCGCGAGCAACGGAAAGAUUUAUGCCAAUCACUGCGAGCUGCAUAGAGCUGCCUGCCACGCUGGAUCAUCGUUGACCAGAAGCAGACUGAUGAGAUGUCUACAUCACGACAUCGAGAAUGCACACGUUCGAAGAACAUUGCACAUGGACGGAUCAUCAAAAACAGCGAAAACGAUUUCUUAUCCGAGGUUCAGGAACCGGAAGAAGGGCAGUUUGAAGGACAACUUAGUGCCGCAGAAAAAUGAUACCGACACAAAAGAAUGCACGAAUCAAGAAUACGAAAUAAUGAAGGAUAAUCUACUACUGUACAAUCAUGCGAGGCUGAUGGCUCAGGACAACCAUAGUAAAGAAUACCUCGUCAGCAUAAUGUUUUCUCACUACGAUCAAAACAAUAAUGGAAACCUGGAACGCGAGGAAUUAGAGCAGGUAGCGGAGAACGAGGAUUUGGAAGAGUUAUGUAAAGGCUGCAAUUUGGGUCACAUGAUCAAUUACGACGAUACGGACGGGGACGGGAAGCUGAACGUAAACGAAUUUUAUAUGGCGUUCAGCAAACUUUACAGUGUCUCGGUCGUGUCUCUCGAUAAGUCUCUGGAGGUGAAUCACAUUUCUGCGAGGGUGGGCGAUAACGUUGAAAUCAAGUGCGACGUCACCGGCACACCGCCACCUCCAUUAGUGUGGCGACGCAACGAAGCCGAUUUGGAGACCUUAAACGAGCCUGAGAUUCGAGUCUUCAACGACGGCAGUCUCUACUUGACGAAGGUGCAGCUGAUACACGCCGGAAAUUACACCUGCCACGCGGUCAGAAAUCAAGACGUCGUUCAAACGCACGUGUUAACCAUUCACACUAUUCCGGAGGUAAAAGUAACGCCGCAAUUCCAAGCAAAACAUCUGAAAGACGAAGCUAGUAUAAGAUGUCACGUAACCGGUGAACCUCUACCGAGGGUACAGUGGUUGAAAAACGACGAACCAUUGAAUCACGAUCAAACAGACAAGUACGAUCUCAUCGGGAACGGUACUAAACUCAUCAUCAAGAACGUGGAUUAUGCUGAUACGGGAGCUUACAUGUGUCAAGCUAGCAGCGUCGGUGGCGUGACCAGAGACAUAAGCAGUUUGGUUGUUCAAGAGCAACCUACACCCAUAACCACUGUUAUUUUAGCCACUGAAAACGAAGAACGCAGGUUUUUCUCUUUCCACGAGUGGGGCAUUUUAGUCUACGAACCUUCCACUUGUAGACCGAGACACGAGAUUCGAUCCACGGAUGUUAUUCCUGGCACUCAGGAGUAUGUAUGUGGAGUUAAAAAUGUUCCUUGUUCCUGGGGACGUGCAAUCAACGUUGCAAAUCGCUAUGUGUACGCCAGUCAACCAGAAAAAGAUCGGAUACUUGUUAUCAGCGAAGUGCAAAUGGUUAUAGUUGAUGUGGUGCCCACGGAUAAAAAUCCUGUUCAACUUUGGUACGUACCUUCCUUGGAUCAAGUGUGGGUGCUUAAUUGGAGAAACGAGGAAAAUAUUGGUGUCAAAACGGUGCAAGUAAUCGAGGACGCUUCCCAGAAGAAAAAGCAUCGAGCCAUUCGACCUGAACCCAUUGAUGCACAGUUCGAUAUCAUUCAGAAUAUUUACAUCCCCGAACCACAAGAUAUUGACAGUAUGUUCAAAUAUGGCUACGUGAGUCACACGAAUCAGCGUAACAUGUAUAAACUCGAUCUGAAGAACAUGAAAUACACGCGUAGCGCUGAUUUGAGUUCUUACGAUUGUGUUCCGGCAAAUGUUCAAUUUUCCGUACUUUACGGGUUCGUAAUAAUUGAAUGCCAGGAACCAAUUACUAACCGACCAACGGGUCAGUUGUUGUUGGAUUAUCUCACUGAUACUGUUCUCGUCCACAAACCGAAUCUUUUAGGAAGGCCAACGAUUUCACCGGACUCUCGACAUCUCGUCACCCUGGACAAACAAGACACCGGUGUAACUCUUGUUGUACAAGAAAUAUCAGCUGAAGGACUGAAAUUCGCGUUCGACGUAAAAACCACGUUGAACAUUAGUGAUAUUGCACUUUAUCCGUCACAAACGACGCAUGGAUAUGAUAUUUACGCGUCAUCGAUCGAUAAAGAAGACAUCCUGUUUCUUGAUCUAUCCACUGGUAAAGUGGAAAUGAUAACAGGAGUAGGUAAAGCUACCCCGCCUAAUUUAACAAAAUGGGGAAACCCAAACCGACCAAUCGUACAGAGCGGCAUAUUUGGUAAAUACAUGGUCAGUCCAUCGAGCGAUGCACUAUUUGUUUUGAACGGCGAAACUCGAACAAUAAAUUGCGAAAUCGGAGGUUUGGUGCAUCCUGGAGCAGUGGUAUGGUUUACAGUGUCUUUACAUUGAGGAAUGGACAUUUUUACAACGAUAGAACAAAAAGAGGGCGUUUAGGUAGAUGAAAAUAGUCGAGAACAGGACAAAUCGUGUUAACACGUACGAAUGAUAUGCUCGUAUUGUUGAAACGAGAAGAUAUAAAAGAAAAUCGUAGUCGUUUUGUUAGGUUAGAAGAAACGGUCGAAAGAAAUUUCGGGAAAAAUAUAUUCUAACAUCAAUAACACACCAUUAUUUGUGGUUAUCGUUAAAAAAUCUAGGAUAUUCCGAGACCGCUCUAUCGAUAAUUAUUAAUGGCGUAUUUUUGACACCAUCGAGUAAACGUUUUUGAUUGUUACAUACGAAUAUUUAUCGUGAAAAACAUUUAUCGAUAAGGUUUUUAAUGUACAUACCAAAGAUAGUCUUUUACAUAUAUUUAAUGUACCUAAUCGUUAACCCUAUCGGUGGCCUUAGUUUCCUUCAAUUUUGCAUAUCUCCGAUCUUUGUACCUACAUAUAUACAUACAAGUUUCACUUUCCCGAAUCAAAUUUCUACGGCUAUAAAAAAAAAAA